AUGUCUAUACAGUAUAACGAAGGACAAGACGACAACGGUGAUGGCGACAGCCAAAUCGUUGAUAGCAAUCACGACAUAGAGUGCGGUGAUAGAGACCGCGUAAAUGGCAAUCAAAGCAAUAGAAACUGUGACGUAUACUAUCCGUGUGACUUCGAAGAUGACAUAGACUGCAUCCGUCAUUACUUCGCAAGCAGCGGGCAGUGCAAAGAAGUUGAUAAUGAUUAUCGAAAGCCAGUGUUUAGAGACCGUUUAGUCACAUAUCUGCCAGGCUUCAACCUUACAAUUAUCGUGGCGAAGACUCGACUGACUUAUGUUGGAGACAGGAUCAAUCGAUUUUAUGUAAAUAAGAAAACUGGCAACCUCAUUAUGUCUGUGGACUUCGAAGGCAUCGUCAUCGACUCCAGAUACACGACGUUCAUCUACCAGCGGCGGGGACAGGAGCCUAUCAAACGAGCUGACUACACUAAUGGGACUUUCCCUGCAACAUUGACAGCUGUGAUUCCAAUCAAAAAUGGCUUAGACUUCAAAGAAUCCACAGUUACGGCUUACAUACCGUCCGUCAUCCCACCCUUUUUUGGACCAAAGAUUUCUAACAGCACAGAGCCUAUCGUCGUACAAGUCAACACAGCGCUGUACGCCAAUCUACCUCAAGCAGUCCUGGAAUACUUCCUGAUUGAAGCCCCCAGCCUUUAUUUUGGGUAUCUACAACACUACAUCUGUGACUUUGAUGAUGACAAAGGACGUGGUUAUUACACACGCAAUGGACCAUAUUAUGAUGAACGCGAUGACAUAGAGUGCGUUGAUAGAGACCGCAUUGAUGGCAACCAAGGCAACCUUGGCAACCUUGGUAACCUUGGAAACCAAGGAAAUCUUGGCAACCUUGGCAACCAAGGCAACCUUGGCGACCUUGGUAACCAAGGCAACCUUGGGGACCUUGGCAACCAAGGCAACCUUGGCGACCUUGGCAACCAAGGAAACCUUGGAAAUAUUGGUGAUCAAGCUAACCUUGGUGACCUCGGCAACCAAGGAAAUCUUGGCAACCUUGGAAACCAGGGCAACCUUGGCAACCUCGGCAACCUUGGUAACCAAGGCAAUCUUAGCAACAUUGGCAACCAAGUCAAUAAAAACUGCGAGAUAUACUAUCCGUGCGACUUCGAAGAUGACAUCGACUGCAUCCGCCAUUACUUCGCAAGCAGCGGUCAAUGCAAAGAGACUCACAACUAUGGCCGCAAGCCUGUGUACAGAGACCGCUUAGUGGUAUACCUGCCAGGGUUCAAUUUAACCCUUAUUGUGACCAAGACUCGAAUAAAGUACAUUGGCGACAGGAUCAACAGAUUUUACAUCAACAAGAAGACCGAUAACCUGAUAAUGUCAGUGGACUUCGAAAACAUCAACAUCGACUCCAGAUACACAACCUUCAUCUACCAGCGGCGGGGACAGGAGCCCAUCAAACGAGCUGACUUCACCAACGCAACCUUUUCUGCAACACUGACCGCUGUGAUUCCACUCAAAAAAGGCAUCGACUUCAAGCAAUCCAGAGUCACGGCUUACAUAUCGGACCCGAUUACUGUUCCCGCGAUUGGACCAAGAGUUCUAGGGAGUACACAGCCGGUAGUCACACAAGUGAACACAGCCUUCUUAGCCAACCUUCCACAGCUGUUCCUGGAAAUCUUCCUGACAGAAGCCCCCAGCCUAUACUUCGGAUAUCUACAAAAAUACAUCUGUGACUUCGGCAUACCCAUUUCUUCUUAA